AUGACAAAAGCUCUUCGUAAGCGCCCUGACCAGACGACAGAGGGGAAGUUCUGGAGAAGAAGCAAGCCUGCGUGCUCAGGGCGCCGAGCCCCGCAGGGCAGCGGGUCUCCAGAGAGCGGCGCCCGGAACUCCCGGCGGCUCGACAGGACGUCCCUAGUCCCCGCCGAGUGGCGGACCCUUCUCAAGGGCAAGGGGAGCUCGCCAUGGGCUCCGGAGUGGGCCAGGCGGGCCCCACCGCCCGCAUGGUCAGGGGAGGGGAACAAAGGGGCCAAGCCGGAGAGUAGGCAGCAGCCUGGCCGACCUCACCCGGCGCCGGGGUCCCGUUCCUCGCCCGCCGCUGGGCGUUCGGGAUCCCGGCCCCAGGCCCGACCAGGACCUCCCGACGGCCGGAAGCGCUCCCGCCUACCCUUCCCGCAGACUCUUACCCUAGCUGGUCCUCCCAAACCGCUCCGGUCCAGCUCCAAGCAGGCCGCGGGCAGAGCCAGGCCCGGCCGCGGCCCUCGAGUUCCCAGGAAGCCGCAGGCCGCGCAGGUCGAGCCGGGCAGGCGGCACAGGAAAAGCCGCGUCUCGUCCCUCCCCUUCCUCCGCGGGGACCUGGUGACAGGGAGGGGAGAGGUUUCUCUGAGCGGCAGCAGCCUGAGCAGGUCCCGUCUCCGGCACGCGGCUCCUCAGGCCCUGCAAUUCAGAGGGAGGCCCGCGCAGUGCUGCCGGCGGCCGUGGCGGGGGGAGGCCGCGUCCAUCGCGAUCCGGGAGGGGGAAGGGAGGAGGGUCGAGCGAGUGUCGGGCGGGGAAGCUGCUGAGGGCAGGCGAGCCCGGCGGAGGCGGAGCGAAUCUACCCAGCCGGUGGCUACCCCACGAGCGGCCACCUGGGGCGCUGCGGAGGCGCCAAGGGGAGCGCCGGGCGGCCGGACGCUCUCACCCCGCGGCCUCGGGCUUGUCUACUAUGGCUCUCCUAUGGUCCUCCCUGGCACCCUUCUCGCUUCGCUGUCAAUAUGAGGGGACUGAGGCUCCAAGAAAGCGAGAAUUCAGGCCCGAUGUCGUCCCCAGUAAGCAGCAGCAAUGAGGUGGACUUUCGGCUCCAUUUCCUGUGGCUUGUGGUCACAAGGGUGGCAGAGGACAGUGGAGCAGCCAAAACGCAAAACUACUAUUUGUGCAUGGCUAAAAACUGUUGAUUUUAUAGCAUCCUGGGCAUUUCACAUCCAUGAAAUAGGAAUUGGGCUUUGCACCAGGUGAUUUCUUUUGGAGAAGGAUGAAGAAGAUAUUUUGCAAGAGGCAUGUUUUCUUGGGAAGGUUGUCACCACCGGAAAGGCACAUUAUGUAUGGGGCAGUAUACAAUAACCACAGAUACAGUUUGGUGCCAUUGUCUUGAUUAGUGUCAAAGCACUUUCAUCCACCAUUAUUUUUGUAUCAUCAAUGGAAAUGUCAGCAUGGUAAAAAAUACAAACAUUUUAUUAUAA